AUGAUUGGGUCAAACCUCCUUCUACCUCUUUUCCUCGCGUCCAUCGCGGGCGCGGUGCCCGCGAAAGAGCGUCGCUCAGUACGGCCGAGCUGCAAAAGCCCAGAGACCGUCGUUCAGUCAACAAGGGUCAUCGUACCCGUGUCACAGGCGGCCACGACUGCGAGUCGGUCCGUGGUCCCCUCAGCCCUGGGGCCGGGGCCGGGGCCGGGUUCCAUCAUCGUGUCCUCAUUUCUUCCUCCAGUAUCCCCGACGGAAGGGCCGGCGCCACCUGUCAUCUCGCCGCCUGUGGUUUCCCCUGUCGUGCCCUCAACGCCUUCUAGUGUGUCCCCGCCUCAGACGUCGAACACGGGUGUCGUGUCGCCGCCUGUGACGAACCCAGGAACACCUUCGUCAGGAUACAGAAAUGUGCUACUCAGGGGCAUCUACGGAGCCAACUACCAACCAGCAGACAUUCCUGCUGACAAGGUGACGCACCUGCUCUACUCUUUCGCCGACAUCGCUGCCGAUGGCGAGGUGUUCUCGUCCGACCCCUGGUCGGACACGCAACGAAAGUACCCGGGUGACUCCAACGAGGCCGGGAACGCAUAUGGCUGCAUCAAGCAGCUGUACGCCAUCAAGAAGCAGAACCGCAAACUCAAGCUCGUCCUCUCUAUUGGCGGCUGGACGUGGUCGCCCAAAUUUGUCCCCGUUGCCGCAACCGAGGCAGGCCGCCAGCGCUUCGCCACGUCUGCCAUCAAACUCAUGCACGACUGGGGCUUCGAUGGGAUCGACAUCGACUGGGAAUACCCUACCAACGCCCAGGAGGCAGCCAACUUCGUAGCCCUCCUUAAAAUCUGCCGCGAGGAGCUCGACAAGCACGCCGCGCAGUACGCCCCCGGCUAUCACUUCGCCCUUACCAUUGCCUGCCCGGCUGGCCCAACGCACUACCAGAAGAUGGACCUGCGUGGCAUGGACCCCUACGUCGACGCCUGGCAUCUCAUGGCUUACGACUAUGCCGGGUCAUGGGACACUACGUCGGGCCACCAAGCAAACCUAUUUGCCGAUCCGUCCAACCCCGAGGCCACCAAAUUCAGCACCGAGGCCGCGUUGGCGUACUAUCUCGGCCAGGGCAUCCGCAGCGACAAGAUCGUCCUGGGCCUCCCGCUUUACGGCCGCUCGUUCCUCAACACGAACGGCAUCGGCAAGCCGUACCAAGGUCUCGGGCAAGGGUCCCUCGAGGAGGGCGUGUGGCACUACAAGGUGCUUCCGCGGGCCGGCGCUGUUGAGGUCUUUGACCAGACGGCCGGCGCGCUGUACAGCUACGACGCAGGCUCACGGGAGCUGGUGACGUAUGACAACCUCCAGAGCGCCAACUUCAAGGCGGACUACCUUCUCCGGAAGAGACUCGGCGGCGCUGUUUUCUGGGAAGCGGCAGGCGACCGUAAGGGCGAGGGCAGUCUUGUGGGCACGCUGGCAAGCAAGAUGGGCACCUUGGACCCGGCGCAGAACUGGCUCAGUUACCCCAACAGCCAGUACGUCAACAUCAAGAACAAUCUGGCAUGA